AUGGAAAAUAGAAGAUUAAUUGAAAAUGGGAUGGAACGGUUCAAGACAAUUGAGAAAUUGAUGAAAACAAAACAAUUCUCUACCGAAGCUUUGACGAACCCAGACUUAGUCAAAGACCCUAAAGAAUUGAAAAAAAGAGACCAAUGUUUAUUCAUUCAAGGCUGCUUGGAAGAUUUACAAAAACAAUUAGAAUCUUUCGAAACUCAAGAAAACACUGAACAAAUUGAAAGACAUGAGUUCCAUAUUGUAAAUUUAGAGAACAUUUUAAAAUUAUUACAAAAUAAUGAAAUGGACCCAGAAACUGUGGUAGAAUUUAGUGAUGACAUUAAAUAUUAUGUAGAAAAUAAUAAUGAGCCAGAUUUCAUAGAAUAUGAUACUAUCUAUGAUGAUAUGGCUUGUGAAAUCUUGCCUUCCUCUUCUGCUAAUACUUCACAACAAGAUAUUUCAAAAGAUUCUAUUUUAUCUUCUACCAAUUCCACUACUAAUAAUAAUGCUACUGCUAAUAAUAACAUUGGUACUAGCAAUAGCAAUAGUAAUAAUGCCAGUGCUUCAACAGCCCAGACUAAUAAUUUAUCUACUUCAAAAUCUUUAAAGAAACAAGAACGUCUAUUGAAGAAAAAACAAUCAAUUGAUCUAUUAGUUACCAAAAAACAAAAAGACGAUGCUUCCAAUUCUAUUCAAAAUUCAAGUGCAAAAAUACCAACUACAUUAAAUUCAAAUAAAACAUCCUCUAAGAAAAAGAACGCAUCAAUUCCAGUGAACUUGGAAGCUCAUUUCCCACCUGAUAGAACAAAAGAAAUUAAUGAUCAAAUUGAAAAUGAAAUAAAAGAAAAUUCUGCAUUUAAAAACCCCUUAUUUGAAAAAGAAUUAAAAUAUUGGUUAAAUUCGAAAAAAAGUCUUUUACAACCUUCAACAGAAUUAUCUUCCAGAGUGGCUUUACAAUUGGAGUCAUCAUUAUUGAAUUGUCCUGAUUCUUUAGAUGCUGAUACUCCAUUUUUGUUUCAAAAACCAUUGUCAUUAAAUCAUCCAACCUCCAUAUUCUUUCCAAGUGAACCUAUAAGAUUCAUAUAUUCUGCUGAUCCUACCAAACAACAACAAAAUCAACAACAACAACAACAACAACAACAACAACAACAACAACAACAGCAACAACAACAACAGCAACAACAACCGACCCAAAAUGAAAAUCGACAACAACAAGCACCCUCACAAUCAUCAUCACAGGACCAAUUGUCAUCUAAUCAACGAUCACCAUCAUUAAACAAUACUAAGAACAAUAGUAACAAUAAUUUACAUAAAGGUUCUUCUGAUGAUAAGAAAAAUAAAGAAUCUGAACCUAAAGAAGAUAUUUAUUCUAAUACUUCAUUAGCAAGAAUAUUUACAAAGUUUGAUUUAGAUACUUUAUUUUUUAUCUUUUAUCAUUAUCAAGGAACAUAUGAUCAAUUUUUAUCAGCUAGAGAAUUAGCUAAAAAUAGGAAUUGGGAAUUUAAUAAAGUUGAUCGUCGUUGGUAUUAUAGAGAAGUGGAAAAACUACCACCUGGAUUACCACAAUCUGAAGAAAUAUCAUGGAGAUAUUUCGAUUACCAAAAGAGUUGGUUAUCAAGACGUUGUAAUAGUAAUUUUCAAUAUCGUGAAGAAGAAUUUGAGAAUUUAGAGUAA